AUGAUAAGCGCAGGAAUAGUAGGGAUUCCCAUGGGGGAGGAGGACACAAAGAAGUUUUGCAUUUUUUUGAAUUUUUUUAAGGAAAGAGUCAACCUGCUCCAAAUAAAAAGCAGGACUGAAACGAUGGUGCAUAAGAAGAACAUCCUCUUUUUCAUCCUAAAUGGACACACGGAAGCUGCUCAUGGGAGCAUCUGCCGCAUGCUUCGAAACGAAAACAUAUGCCACAUGUGUAACAAGCUGAUUGCUCUAUGUAACGAAUCAAUUUCCCUGGUAGGGCUGAACCCCCUGGAGCAUGAAAAUAAAGAGAGGCUAAAAAAAUGCAUAAGGAACAUCCUCUACUGUGCCAACAAAUUAAGCAUUAGGAACACAUCAAAUGUGCGCACUCAUUUCAUUAACCAUUUUGGGAAGUACUUUAUCGAACACAUUGAGGAAGACUAUCUCCUACUGGACAAAAAUAUGUGUGAAGUUAUUAACAAGUACACCUUUUCACAUAAGGAAAUAGCACAGGUGCAUAAAAACAUUUGCCACGAAAUGGGGAUACCAGCAAAUAACCAGAUAGAUCCAUGCCACUGCAAAUGCUGCUCAUUUUCACGGAAUGAUGACACUCUGCAUACCGUACAGAAGAACGAUAUUGUUCGGAUCGUCAACACGUACUCUACACACGCAGAAACUGUUCACGACAAUGAGAAGAAAAAAAUAUUCCAAGAUAUGGAGGCUCAGUUAAUACAUAAAUUGAGUAGGACGCUCCUGGGGAAGGCAACUCGAUAG